AUGGGACGUAAUAAGAAGAGAAACAUCUUCGAGGUUCGUGAGAUAGGAAGGUUUGAGACUGUUUCCAAUUUCAGUGCCAAAUACACUCUUCAAGCUUUUCAUCAAAAGGUCUCCCUAAAAUUAGGUGAGGAGCACUUCUGUGGAGGAAGCUUGAUCCAAGAUGAUCUGGUUGUUACAGCAGCAGGCUGCCUGGUUGGUCUCAACCAGAAGCAAAUUAAGAGUCUGACUGUGACUGCUGGCAGGACAACCCUCUCAACCUGUUCUCAGGCGGAACAGGAACAAAAGAAUCCUGUCUCAAAAAUUAUUAUCCAUCCUGAGUACAGCACACUUGGAUAUAUGAGUUCUGAUAUUGCACUGCUGUAUCUCAAACACAAAGUUGAGUUUGAAACUGCUCUUCAGCCAAUCUGUCUUCCCCAGAGAGAUGAUAAAUUUGAAGCAGGGAUUCUUUGUAUGACCAGUGGAUGGUGCAAGAUCUCAGAGACAUCAGAAUAUUCAAACAUCCUAGGAGACUCUGGAAGUCCAUUUGUUUGUAGAAGAGACAGUGGAAUCUGGGUCCUUGCUGGGAUAAGUUCCUGGAGAGCUGGUUGGACUAGAGAUUGGAUUUCUUUAAGAAAAAAACAUAGAAGGGCAUCUCUGGGCAUUUUCUCCAAGGUGUUUGAGUUGAUGGAUUUUAUGACUCAGAACAUAUGCACAGCUUGUGAAUCUCAAGGAAUAGUGUUAUUUGGAGAAAAUGGGAAAAUUCAUUAUCCCCAUUCCAAAGAAGGCAGCUGUUCUCAUAAUUGCUUAUGUAUGUGGGAAAUAAUGGUACCAGAAGAUAAAAUUAUCCUGAUAAAAUUUAGAAGCUUAGACAUACAAAAUCAAGUUGGAUGGGACCAUGACUAUAUAUCUUUACAAUCAAGCAGUGGUGUGCCUAUUAAUACGUAUGCUACAUGUAAGGUCUGUGGAGGCAUAUUGCCCUCACCGUUGCAAGAGACCAAUGAAGCCAUAGUUACAUUUGUUUCUAAGAUAGAAAACAGCGACAGCAGCUUUGAGCUGACCUUUACUGCUGCACAGAAGAACUCAGAAGCAGGUUCAGGCUGUGGGAGUGUGGCCGUAUUGGUGGAAGGAGGGACAAUUCACUCUGCUAAUUAUCCUGACUUGUAGCCCACAAAUGUAAGGUGUCAUUGGUUCAUUCGUGCUCCAGAGAAACACUUUAUCAGGUUGGAAUUUGAAGGUUUUAUUACUGAAUUUAGCCAAAACUGUAUUUAUGAUUACGGUGAUCCAGAAAAGGAGCCUGAGUUGGCUAAACUCUGUGGAAUCUUGAACCCUACUCCAAUAUUCAGUCCUAGUAACAUGCUGGUGAUUCAUUUUAAAAGUGAUGGUGAUAAUAACUUUCAGGGCUUCGAGGCUGGAUUCACCUUUUUGCUCUCAUGUGAAUCUGUGCUUUCACAAGAACCUCAGGUGAUGCCAAGAAAUGGAUCGGUCAUUAAUUUUAUCUUCUUUGCUAUAGGCAUCUGUGGCAUCCCUCCAGUUAGUUUCCAGUGGCUUUCCGGAAGAAUUAUAAAUGGGGAAGAAGCCUGUCCCCACUGCUGGCCAUGGCAAGUGGGUGUGAGGUUCCUAGGUAGUCACCAGUGUAGAGGGGCCAUCCUCAGUCCCACUUGGAUUCUGACAGCAGCCCACUGUGUGCAAUCGAAAAAUAAUCCACUCUUCUGGACCAUUGUUGCUGGGGACCAUGAUAGAACCCUGAAGGAACCAACUGAGCAGGUGAGAAGGGCAAAACACAUCAUGGUACAUGAAGACUUUGAUAGGCAGAGCUGUGCCUCUGACAUCGCCCUGAUACAACUGAGUUCUCCUCGGGGGUUCAACUCCGCUGUGAGGCCAGUGUGUCUCCCACAAAGCAUGGAGCUGCUCUUUUCCUCUGAGAUCUGUGCUGUGACUGGAUGGGGAAGCAUUAGUGAAGACGGCGGCCUCGCAAGGUACUUACAGCAGAUUCAGGUGCCCAUAUUAGAAGGAGAGGUCAGUGAACACACUUACUCCUCUCACCCAGGAGGGCUCACAGAGAAGAUGAUGUGUGCUGGCUUUGCAGUCUCUGGAGGGAAGGAUUUCUGUCAGGGAGACUGUGGUGGCCCAUUAGUGUGUAGACGUGAAAAAGGUCCCUUUGUCCUAUAUGACAUUGUCAGCUGGGAAGCUGGCUGUGCCCAGCCAAGGAAGCCAGAUGUACUUGCCAGGGUGAGUGUCUUCUUGGACUGGAUCCAAUUCAAAAUGAAAGGUCCUGCUUCACUUCAGAUAAAUAAUGAAAGCAAAACCUUAACAAGGCAACAGUUACCACCACUCACGCCUUCAACGGACAAUGCAUUUGGACCAGGUUGUUACUCUGAAGUGGAACCAGAAGAACCCAGAGGCUUUUUUUCAACUCCAAGAUAUCCACUGGAUUAUAGAGGAAAACUGGAAUGUUCUUGGGUGCUCAGAGUGUCACCAAGCAGUAUGGCAAAAUUGACAGUUGAGUAUCUGUCACUGCCUUGGUCUCUUGUGUGUCCAGAUUCUGUUGCGACUAUUUAUGAAGAAAGCCACGAUGAGAGAAGGGUAUCAGGUAAAUUAUGUGGGAGAGGGCUUUAUUCAAUGCUUUUCAUGAGCUCCGGACCACUGGUGAGAGUGGUAUUUCAUUCCCUUGUGCAAGGUGCUUUGGGCAUAAGUUAUAUUGUCUUUACAGUCCAAAGUCCAAAGGGCAGUAAAACUGCCAAACUUCUCCAGAGUUCAAACCAAGAAUAUAUGGCCACCUGUGAGGAUGUUAUUCUGACUAAACUAGGAGGAAUCAUUCAGAUCCCAAGAUACUCUCACAGAACCACUAUGAGUUGCCACUGGAAGUUAUCAGCCCCCUUAAACCACAUCGUUCGUCUUGAUAUUAUCAACUUCCAGAUGAAGCCAACACCCUUGGCCUGUCAGGGUCAUAUGUGGGUUUAUGAAGGAUUUGGAUCAGGCAAAAAAAUAAUAGGUAACUAA